AUGUCAGAAUUUGCAAAAACAUUUUUUGCCUUUGGCAAGCAGAAACCACAACCGUUAGAUACUGCAGGCCAAUCGGAAUCUAUCAUGCCAGCCUCGAAAAUAAGCACGACAUCUUUCCCAUCUGAGAUGAUUCCUCAGCCGGCGACACCUACAAUCGCACUCAGUGAGAACUCAUUUGCCAUGGGCACCACUAUCAAGGGAGAGCAGAACUCAUUAAAUCGGACCUUCACCAAUCUAGAUCAAACGCAACAAAGCAGCAACUUAACAGCUCAGCUCUCAACGACGUCGGCCCAAUCCAUGCAACCAAUCGAAACGGCCUCGACUCCCGCAUAUGCCGUUGCUAGCGACACAGACACGUCCACUGGGAUUCCACGGGGAAAGCUUAGAGUCAGCAUCAUUGAGGCUGUGGGGCUCAACGUUACGUCUGAGAACUCGCUUCCGUAUGUCGUUUGCACGUUCGAGAGCUCUGAGUUUGUGACGCAGGGUCCUGAGAGCUUUGACCAGAGCAAAGACAUGCCACCGCCUUCGGCACAGCCACAGUCGCACCAGCCAUCCAACCAGCUUCCGCAGAGACGGCCGCUAGUCAGGACUCAGACGUCGUCACAGCACAACCUCAACAUCAUGUCGCACAACUACAGCUCAUCGAACCCAGUCUGGCACCACAAGGCCAUUUUCGAUGUUGUUGGGGCAACAUCCGAGCUAGAUAUCUCAGUUUACGAUUCUGCGCAGAACGACCAUUUUUUGGGACACAUCCGGAUUAAACCGCAGACUCUGCACGAAAAUAGAGCAGAGCAGUGGUUUGACUUGAAAUCGCGUAUCAGCACCGAGUUUGUUAGCGGCAAAAUAAAAGUUCAGGUCGAAUACUCAAACACUAGAAAGAGACAAUACGGUCCGGAGGAUUUUGAGAUCCUCAGACUCUUGGGCAAGGGGACGUUUGGCCAGGUGUUUCAGGUCAAAAAGAAAGACACAGGGCGUAUCUAUGCCAUGAAAGUGUUGUCGAAAAAGGUGAUUGUCAGAAAGAAGGAGAUUGCGCAUACAAUCGGAGAAAGAGACAUUUUAGUGCGCACCUCCAGCGCAGACUCGUCGUUCAUUGUGGGUCUCAAAUUCUCGUUCCAAACUCCAGUCGAUUUGUACCUUGUCACCGACUACAUGUCCGGAGGAGAGCUUUUCUGGCAUUUGCAAAAGGAAGGGCGCUUUUCCGAGGAGAGAGCCAAGUUCUAUAUCGCAGAGCUGGUUCUGGCUUUGGAGCAUCUCCACGACAACGAUAUAGUCUACAGGGACCUGAAGCCCGAAAAUAUUCUUUUGGACGCCAACGGACACAUUGCUCUGUGUGACUUUGGCCUAUCCAAGGCCAACCUGGCAUCUAACGGCACCACUAACACCUUUUGCGGAACAACCGAGUACCUUGCUCCUGAAGUUCUACUGGACGAAUCUGGAUAUACGAAAAUGGUUGAUUUCUGGUCGCUCGGUGUUCUAAUUUUCGAGAUGUGCUGUGGAUGGUCUCCGUUCUAUGCGGACAACACCCAGCAAAUGUACAAAAACAUUGCUUUUGGAAAAGUCCGGUUCCCGAAAGAAGUCUUAUCGCCCGAAGGCAGGUCGUUUGUGAAGGGCCUACUGAACAGAAACCCUCGUCACAGAUUGGGAGCCAUUAAUGACGCUAGAGAACUUAGAGCUCACCCUUUCUUUAAUGACAUCGACUGGGUUCUUCUCAAACAGAAGAAGAUCCCUCCUCCAUUCAUCCCGCACAUUGCAAACGAGCUAGACACUUCAAACUUUGAUCCGGAAUUCACAAAUGCCUCCACGUCAGUCAUCAACAAACAGCUCAUGAUGGGAACGCCAUUGUCCUCUGUUGUCCAAGAAAACUUCAAGGGAUUUACAUAUGUUGACGAUUCGAUGAUGUUUGACCAUCUCAACAGUCACAGCAUGGGCAAGAGAUUGGGCAACUCCUACAAGCCGGCUUAUGGCUCUUUGAUUCCUGGCAAUCCGAAUCUUCCGCCCGAGGAGGAAGUCAUUGACGAAGAGAGUCAGGAAGACGAGGAGGAGGCGCAGGAUGAUAUGGACGUUGACGACGAUUUUGUGAAUGGUCAGUUCGAUCUGUAA